UAUAUCUAUAAAUGUCAGUGCCAAUGUCAAUAAAUUCAUCAAAUAUUUUUAUUCGAAAUUCUUCACAUAUUUAUCAUGUCGUUAGCUGAAAUUCAGGCGAAAUCUACGAGUUCUUCAAAAUCCAAAGUAUCGCCGGAGAAAAAUUCAAGUCUAACAGAUUCGAAGACGCCAAAUUUCUCAUGUAUUGACGAAGUAAGUACAGAUAAUCAACUAGAAAAUAAAGAUCUGACGUGCGCGAUAUGCUCAGAAUUGUUCAUCAAAUCUACUACUCUAAAUUGUUCCCAUACUUUCUGUAAAUAUUGCAUUGAACACUGGAAAGAACAUCAACUGUAUUGUCCAAUAUGUAGAACAAUGAUCACUGAACAAGUACCAACCUUAGUACUAGAUAAUAUUAUUGACAAACUAUUGGAAAAUUGUCUUCCCGAAGUCAAAGAACAUAGAAAGAAUGUAGUAAUGGACCGGAAUAAUAACAACACUUCCUCUAAUGGUGAUGGCAAAGAAGAAAAAUAUACUUGGAAAUGUUUAAUAGACGCACUGAAUUGCGCUGAAGAGGAUAACGACUGGCAAGACGACCAAUGGUUCUGUGACAACUGGUUCAUUAAUGAUGUUGAUACAUUUUCUUCGGAUGAAAGUUUAAAUUUAAUUUAAUAUGUUACCAUGAUCGUGUAGAAAAAUUUGCAUGUACCUUCGUAAAAAUAAAAGGAUUUUUUGAUACUACAGAUAAGAA